AACGCGCGCGAUCCCGCGUGAGUCGCGCGAAGAGCUCGUUGGCAAUUGUCUCCUCCCACGCGCCUGGAACGUCGGUACGUUUUCACGCAUGCGCGCCAGGAUUUAUGUCAAGGCACAAAAGUGGCGCUCUAUCGUCUCCAGCUCUACUCCGGUGGUUGCCUAAGCAAUGGAUGGAGAUUUGGAAGCCAGGGCAGAUGUUGAGGAGGCAGGUACAGUCACGGGGGAGGAGGAGGGCGAAGGACAUAUGGAAACCACACCCAGUACGGAGCAGACUCCAUCUGCAGAAGAGUCACAGACAGCGCCAGACCUGCCCAAGGCCUCAGAAGACAAUGAUGACGAUGUAGUACUGGUGGAAGGGCCUCCUGCUCACUCUCAGGGGAGAGUCCAGCCCCCUAGCCCCACACCUGCAGAGACCCUCGCUGAUGCCAAAGACUGUGCAGAGUCGGCUACCACGGCAACAGCUUCCUCCAAGACGCCCAGUCCUCCCUCCUCUGCAGCUAUCACUGGCACCAAAAGCCAGAGCGAGCCAAUCGUUAUCGAUGACGAGGAGGAUUCGGAGCUCAAAGGCACUGCCUCUUCUUCCCUGCCGCCCCCUGAGGGCAAGGAUGCCCUGAGCAGCACAGAGCCUGACUCUGAAAUCAAAAUCGCUAGCGUUACCACGCUGGGAACGGACUCUUCGGCUGCUGCCAUGGCAACGUCAACGGCAACGCCACUGGCACUGUGUGCUCAAGAGGAUAUAAACCUCAUGAUCACAAAUGUGACAUCGCUGAAAGGUGAGGGUGGUCCAGCGGCAGCCCGGUUGGAGGGUUUGGAGGGAGCUGAGAAUGGUCUGCAGAUCAGCAGUGCGUUCAGCCUGAACCCAGAGGCCCAGCAAAACCAGGGUGCAGCCAGCAGACCUACACCCACAUUCAACCCAGGACGCAUCAGCGCUGCGAGCCAGCCUGUGCAGAAUGGAGAAACGGGGACACACCAGAGAUCUGAUUCAUGGAUCUCCCAGUCGGCCUCUUUUCCCCGUAACCAGAAGCAGCCUGGAGUGGACUCGCCAUCUCCUGCAGCUCCUUUGCCCAAACCACCCUGCCAGUCGUCCUCAGGAUCCCAGCAGCCGCAGCGCACCAUGAAAGUCACAUGCGCCAACUGUAAGAAGCCUUUGAAGAAAGGCCAGACUGCGUACCAGCGCAAGGGCUCAUCCCACCUGUUCUGUUCGACAGCCUGCCUGUCUGCCUUCUCCCAUAAGCCCGCUCCCAAGAAAAGCUGCACCAUGUGCAAGAAAGACAUUACCAAUAUGAAAGGAGGCACCAUAGUGGCCCAGGUGGACUCCAGUGAAUCAUUUCAGGAGUUCUGUAGCACAGGCUGCUUGGCAGCUUAUGAAAACAAACAGAAUCCACAGAAGAACCAGCUCAAAACAAAGUGCACUGUCUGUGGAAAGCUCACUGAGAUUCGACACGAGGUGAGCUUUAAGAAUGUGACCCACAAGAUCUGCAGCGACGCAUGCUUUAAUCGUUACCGUAUGGCUAACGGGCUCAUCAUGAACUGCUGCGAACAGUGUGGGAACUACUUGCCUAGUCGUGCAACAGCAAACCACUUUUUACUCAUUGAUGGUCAGCAGAAACGUUUUUGCUGUCAAAAUUGCAUCAGGGACUAUAAACAGACUCAUGGGAAGAUGGUGCAGUGUAGUGGCUGUAAGGUGAUGUGUAGAUCUUUAGAUGCCACUCAGUGUAUUGGGUCUAAUGGAUCCAUGGAAUCUUACUGCACCACAGCCUGUAUGACCAAGAGCAAAUUCACAGCUGCUGCACAGAAUUCUGAGCCCUCAUGCCACUUCUGUAAGAGAAAUGCAUUACCUCAGUACCAGGCAACUCUUCCUGAAGGGAAGGUUUUGAGCUUCUGCAGUUCACAAUGUGUCACCAAGUUCCAGAAUGCCACCAUCCAGACAUCAGCCAAUGGGCAAUUUCCUGCUUCAGCUCCUGAGAACAUCCAGCUGAAAUGUAACUACUGUCGUGCUUCCUUCAACCUGAAGCCAGAGAUUCUGGAGUGGGAGGAUAAGGUGUAUCAGUUCUGCAGUAAGGCCUGUUGUGAGGACUACAAAAAGCUCCACUGCAUAGUGACGUUCUGCGAGCACUGUCAGGAAGAGAAGACUCUGCAUGAGACUGUGAAGUUCUCAGGUGUGAAGAGGCCCUUUUGUAGUGAAGGCUGUAAGUUACUGUACAAGCAGGAUUUCGCCCGGCGUCUGGGCCUGAAGUGUGUCACUUGCAACCACUGCACCCAGAUGUGUAAGAAAUCGGUCACCAAACAGAUAGAUGGAGUCAGCAGGGACUUCUGCAGUGAGACGUGUGCUAAAAAGUUUCAUGACUGGUACUACAAGGCGGCGCGCUGCGACUGCUGUAAGGUACAAGGGAACCUGACGGAGUCUGUACAAUGGCGUGCAGAGAUGAAGCAUUUCUGUGACCAGCAGUGUCUUUUGCGCUUCUACUGCCAACAGAACGAGCCUGACAUGGCCACACAGAAAGGCCCAGAAAACACAGCUUUAGGGUUUGGAGGAGCAACCCAAACAUCUAAGAUGUCGUUUACUCAGGGGCCUGUAUCGUAUACUGGGGGAGGGAUCCUGAAGGAUGUGAAGAAUAAAGCUGUGCUCUGCAAGCCUCUCACCAUGACGAAGGCCACCUACUGCAAACCCCACAUGCAGAGCAAACCAUUGCAGACAGAUGAGGCAAGUGUGGAGGGCUCAGGAAAAGAGUAUGUUCCUAUUCCAAUCCCUGUUCCCGUUUACAUCCCAGUACCCAUGAACCUCUAUGCUCAGGCCACACCCACUCCUAUUGCAAUAGCUGUACCGGUGCCUGUGCCAGUGUUUCUACCAACAACGCUGCAGAAUGCUGAGCAGAUUGUAAAGACCAUCAGUGAGCUCAAAGCCAAAGUCCCCUCUGACCCUCUGGAAGCUGAUCUAAUAGCAAUGGCUGAAAUGAUUGCACAAGAAGAUGAGAAACCCAAAUGCUCAAACAUCAAAUGUGAAAAGAGCAUUAGAGAAGUGAAGAUGGAAGGUGUAAAACAUGAAAAUGGCAGUGGCAGUUCAGAAGAGGAGGAAGAAGACAAGUAUGAACCAGAUUUGGACCUGGAGAAGGACCUGCCCCUAGCAUCAGAGCCCGUCCUGGCUGAGUGUCUGGAUACAGAUACACUCUUCUCAUUGCCUUCAGUACUGUCUGAGGAGAAAGAGAAGACGCCUCGGCCCAGAACCAGGAGGAGGGGCCAGAAGAGGCGGGCAGUAGAGGAAGAGUCUUCAUCCUCGUUAUCCUCGUCACCAACAGUAGAGUCCUCAUCAGCAGACAGCACUUUCCCCUUGAACUCCAAAUAUGGCUUAAAUGCAUGGAGGAGAUGGGCCACAUCUGAAGCCUCACCGUCCAGCCAGUCCAAAGGAGAAGAGAGCCAGAAACAAGUUAGUCUCCUGUCCUUGAGCCCAGCUGAGUUGAAUCAGUCUUUAUCUUGCUUUGUCAAAGAGGUGCGUCGACCCAGCGGGGAGAGCUAUACUCCAGACAGUGUCCUUUACCUCUGUCUCAGUAUCCAGAAGCAUUUACAAGAUAAAGGACGGACAGAUGACCUCUUUGGUGACCCACAGUACCACAUGUUUGGGGAAGAACUGAACAAGCUCCUCAAAGACUGGCAACCCAGUGUGCUUCCUGAUGGUUCUCGGUGGGGUCGUGUUGAAGAGCAGUAUCUGUGGAGCAGCGGGCAGCUUGGGGAGCAGACGCCCUCUGUCCUGCUGAGAUCUCUUCUCUAUCUCAACACCAAAUACUUUGGUCUCCGCACCACUGAACAGCACUUACGCCUCUCAUUUGGAAAUGUCUACGGCCCAAGCAGUUCCAAACCGCACAGCCACGAGACCACCGUCUGUAUACGCAUCCCCUCUAUCUCACAGGAGCAGCACGAGCAAUCAGGAAGUAAGAGGAGGCGUAGAGACAACUGUGACUCAAACUUUGAGGCAGACAGUGGUUCAGGAGGAUCUGCUCCCUGUCCUGUUAAGAAACAUGAGUGCCGACUGUAUGAGCUUUACCUUUCAAAGUGCCCAGAGUCUGUGAGACAGAGGACAGAUUUUUUGUACAUGAGGCCAGAAGUCUCUGCUUCCUCGGACAGUCCGCUGUGGUUCAGCUCGACACCUCUAGAGAAGAGCGCUCUGGCUAGGCUCCUGACUCGAGUGCUGCUGGUCAGAGAUAUCUAUAAGGACAACCAGCUUGAAGAGGAGGGAGUCUAGAGGCCGAUGCACUGAAGACUUCUUACUAUGAUGUCAUGACACCCUGUGCAUCACCAAUGAGCUGCUUUCCACGUCACACCCUGUCACUCUCCCUUUAAACACUGUUCCCAAUACUGCUAAGAGCUGAUGUCAGGAUGAAUAUUGGUGGGAUUAUGCUGAUUCAGAUCAGUCUUCCCAAAGACUCUGACCCUGAGGAGUUGAGGUUUUCUCCAGAAACGUGACCUACAGGAUGCUGCUUUCUUCCCCUUCUUUUUUUUCGCCUCCCCUCCUUCUUUUCAGUUUGUUGGAAACUGGUUCAUGUAGCAUUACUUGUGAGGCCGCUGUGGUCUGAAAAUAUUUCUGAGAGUAGUCCAUUAGCAGACAGAAGACAGGAACUUUGGUCCUGUGAGGAAAGUAGUGGAGUUAAGAAGGAUGUUUUUUUUUUUCUUCCUGCCCAACAAAGCCUUCUAAAGAUGAAAUUUAUUUAUUACUGUUGACUGACGUCUGUUUAAGAGAGAGUCCAAGAUUUUCUAAUGGCAUGGCAGGGUGUGUGUGUGUUGGACGCUGUGCCAUGUGUGCAAUUUCUCUGGCCUUCCAUAAGAGCAUUAAAACCUGCUGCAGCCCUGGACCUCUUUGCGUGAGUGGUAUGAGUGUGUUUGUGAAUGUGCGUGUAUCUAUUUCCCUCCCCUUUCUUGUGUUGUUUUGGAGUGGAUUGGACAAGAGUUAAUCCUGCGCUGCCAAUACGUUACUGGCAUGGAACCUUUAAGUGUGAAACUAUUCCUCUGAACAAUCAAGUAUAUGAAAUUUGAUUUAAAUUUCAUCCGCAGCAUUAUGCUGAUCACACAGUUAAGCAGAGACAUGUUGUCAAUGUUUAAACAUUGUCAUAGGAUUUGCUCUGUACCCUCUUGGAGUCGAGAGUAAUUUUGAAGGAUGUGCGUGUGCACAAAGCUCAUUAAACGCUAUGUUCAAAACACUUAGCUUAUGCAAGAGUAAAAGUGAUUUAUUUAUAAGGUACAAGUCAGUGGUGUUUAUGUUUUCAUGGUUUUUACAAUUAUUUCCUUAACCUUUUAUACCAAUAAAUUACAAGCUAA